CGCAGCCGGGGAGCAUGUCGGGAAUUGUAGUUCAGAGCAGUCUUACUUCCGGGACCUGUGGUUUUUGUAAAUACCCCGGAGCCUGGUGGGGGAGUCCCUGGGCGGCCCUAGUCCCCCUCCCACCCCCGGGAUCGGGGCCAUGGGGAACUGCCUGUCCUCCCAGUCUGCCGAUGACCUGUCCCUGCUCAACGAUUCGGACGUGGCCAGCCUGCCCGGGGAGCCCCCGCCGCCGUACCAGGUGCCAUUCCGGGGGGAGCAUGUCAGUACAGGCCGGGGACUGGGCCCCCCAGAGGGCCACACAUGGACAGCAGUAUACACAGCUCCCAGACUGACUGUCGGUAUACACAGCGCCCAGACUGGCUGUCAGUAUACACAGCGCCCAGACUGGCUGUGGGUAUACACAGCGCCCAGACUGGCUGUGGGUAUACACAGCGCCCAGACUGGCUGUCAGUAUACACAGCUCCCAGACUGACUGUCGGUAUACACAGCGCCCAGACUGGCUGUCGGUAUACACAGCGCCCAGACUGGCUGUCGGUAUACACAGCGCCCAGACUGGCUGUGGGUAUACACAGCGCCCAGACUGGCUGUCGGUAUACACAGCGCCCAGACUGGCUGUCGGUAUACACAGCGCCCAGACUGGCUGUCGGUAUACACAGCUCCCAGACUGACUGUCGGUAUACACAGCUCCCAGACUGGCUGUCGGUAUACACAGCGCCCAGACUGGCUGUCGGUAUACACAGCGCCCAGACUGGCUGUCGGUAUACACAGCGCCCAGACUGGCUGUCGGUAUACACAGCUCCCAGACUGACUGUCGGUAUACACAGCGCCCCGACUGGCUGUCAGUGUACACGGCGCCCAGACUGGCUGUGGGUAUACACAGCGCCCAGACUGGCUGUGGGUAUACACAGCGCCCAGACUGGCUGUGGGUAUACACAGCGCCCAGACUGGCUGUGGGUAUACACAGCGCCCAGACUGGCUGUGUAUAGCCCAGACUGGCUGUGGGUAUACACAGCACCCAGACUGGCUGUGGGUAUACACAGCGCCCAGACUGGCUGUGGGUAUACACAGCGCCCAGACUGGCUGUGGGUAUACACAGCGCCCAGACUGGCUGUGUAUAGCCCAGACUGGCUGUGGGUAUACACAGCACCCAGACUGGCUGUGGGUAUACACAGCGCCCAGACUGGCUGUGGGUAUACACAGCGCCCAGACUGGCUGUGGGUAUACACAGCGCCCAGACUGGCUGUGGGUAUACACAGCGCCCAGACUGGCUGUGGGUAUACACAGCGCCCAGACUGGCUGUGGGUAUACACAGCGCCCAGACUGACUGUGGGUAUACACAGCGCCCAGACUGGCUGUCGGUAUACACAGCGCCCAGGCUGGCUGUCGGUAUACACAGCGCCCAGGCUGGCUGUCGGUAUACACAGCGCCCAGACUGGCUGUCGGUAUACCGGGCUCAGCCCAUAGCGGCUGUCGGUAUACCGGGCUCAGCCCAUAGCACCCAGACUGGCUGUCGGUAUACACAGCGCCCAGGCUGGCUGUCGGUAUACACAGCGCCCAGGCUGGCUGUCGGUAUACACAGCGCCCAGGCUGGCUGUCGGUAUACACGGCUCAGCCCAUUGCACCCAGACUGGCUGUCGGUAUACCGGGCUCAGCCCAUUGCACCCAGACUGGCUGUCGGUAUACCGGGCUCAGCCCAUUGCACCCAGACUGGCUGUCGGUAUACUGGGCUGGGCCCUACAGCCAUGUAACAGGGUGAUUCACUGUCUGGCAGAGAUUUUUACUAAAGGGCGAGUUGGGGAAAAUUCAGUUUUGUUUUCAGUUGAGCUAUUUUGGCCUGAAAUCUGAAAAUCACUUUAAUUUCUGAAAAAUGUACAUUUCAGGGAAUAGCCCUAGUGUGUAGCUGGUUUGCUAUAAUGACUAAUCACUGUUUUUUUUUGGUCUAAUUUUCAGAUAAACAAAACAGUUUUUUUUUUUUCUUUUCUUUCUACAUAAGACUGUUGGCUGUAUAGCUAUUAUCAUUGCUUGUGUUAUGAUGCACACAAUGUCACUCUUGCAGUUCCUUUAAUUAGAGAUGUAUUCUGCAUUGUGUCUUUACAUUGUUCGGCCCGCCAGAUGUUGCGAUUACAUUUCCUUUGCUGCUUUGCCAGCAUUAUAGGAAAUGUAGCCUACAAAAUCUGGAUUUCUGAAGGUUUCCUAUCCCUGUUCUACAUGUUUUAAUCUGUUAAAGGAGCAGUCAUGGCUUAUGGCCACUAUAUGCUAGUAUAGUGGUUGUGGUGCUUUCAGGUUGUGGAUGCUGUCCCUUCGUUCUUCAUCAAACCGUUUGAUAGGUUUGACUAAAGCUGGGCCCCCGAGCAUCUAUAGCCUCACUAGUUAGCUGAAACGGCUAACGCAGAAAUUCAGCUUCCACAUUACCAAUAUCUAAAGAAAUUGAUAUUGCCAAUGUGGAAGUGGAACUUUUACGUUAGGUACGGCACCGUAACAGCUACAUCAGCAUACAAUGUUGAUGUUGCCCAGAACGCUGUUUUAAAGAUUAAAUGUGAUCACCAUAACAUACAUGUAAUGUUAUGAGAGAGUGUGCUUUAAGGACUUUAAAUGAACAGUUAAUAAUGGAAGUCUAUUGCUGUGAUCCCUGAAAUUACAAUAAAACUGUGUGUAGAUUUAUAUAUAAUAUAAUUAUAUAUCAUUUAUUAGGUCCUGUGUAAAUGUACAGGGCAGUCCGUAUGGUUUUGACUAAAACUGUACAGCUGGCUGAUUCUCUGUGUUUUUGGUCAGAUGUGUGUUGUUGUUGUUGUUUGAACAUUACUUCAUGCAAAAGGUUUGAUAGUGCCUAGAGUUGAAUCUUGUUGGUGCUUCUGCCUUUGUAGUCUGGUGCUGUUGUUGUCUCUAAACAUCGGCAACACACAGUUCAACGUAAAUAAAGCAGGCCAUCAAGAAGUUGGGGAAACAUACAAAUAAGUAAGAGGCCAAGUCGAAAUAGAAGUCUAAAUCUUCUCAGUGGUACAUUGAAAAAGGCAUGCUGUGAGGAGAUCACAAAUAUUCACCACAAUGGAACAGCUGGAAGUGUCUUCACCACCACAACUUUAAGGGAUAACCACGAGGUGCAAAUUACUUGAAGGCUUCCAGAAGUGAUCAUCUAGGACAGUUAUUGUUUGCAGAAUUACAUAAGCUGUAGAGUUCUGAACGAAGUCUUAUGGCUCAGCCCCCGAUCCAUACUUGGCUGACAUGACAAGAUUUGAUGAUUUUAGCCAAUCCAAUGUGUUCCCAAUAUACCACACUGCACCAAUCAGCAUCUCCUCAUAGAGAUGCAUUGAUUCAAUACAUCUCUAUGUAGGACAUUCAGCGUCUCCGUGCAGAGCGUGGAGACCUGUAACAGCAGUGCUGCACAUCCCAGGAAGCACCUCUAGAUGCCAUCUGAGGACUGGUCACUAGAGUUGUUCCUAGGCUGUAAUGUAAGUGUAUACAUUAAAAAGCCUGCAGGUACAGGCUCUACUUACCAGAACAAUUACAUUAAACUGUAGUUGUUCUGGUGACUAUAGUGUACAGAUCACUGCAGUCUCACUGCCCAUGUUCUUAUGUGAACAGUCUUCCUAAACACUUCCUGUAAAGUGAGAUCCAAGGUUUAUAUACACUUCCUUUUUUGCAACUUGUUUCAUUUAAAAUCUUAUGUUCUGCACUCCUCCAAUUUAAUUCAUGAGCCUUAUGAACUUCUAAGAGCCCCAGAAUUUAAUAGGAGAUGCACAUGGAUCACAGCUAACCACCCAUCUGAUAACAAGCUAUAUAAUAUUACCAUCUCUAAAUACACAUUUCAUGUGAAAAGACUGUAGGUUUUCCCUGGCCCACUGCUAUUCAGUGCCUUGUGUGGUGUUGGUUGAGUGAAAUCGCAAAUAUUUAGUCAUAAGUAAGAAAAUUCCUGGAACUAAAACCAUAAAAUGCUAUUUACUUACAUUGUCCUCUUGUUUCAGGAGAGGGAUGCUAUUCCCGUGUAUCACCCCACACCCAGCCAGACCCGCCUUGCAACCCAGCUUACAGAGGAAGAGCAAGUGUGGAUAGCCCAAAGAAUUGGACUUAUACAGCAUCUUCCUAAGGGCAAAUAUGAUCCAGGAUCUGACCAUGCAGAGAAGAAGCUUAAAGAGUGAGUUGAUACUCUAUAGCACUUAAAUAAAAUAGAAACAAUGUCUCUCUCUCUCUCUCUUUCUCUCUCUUUCUCUCUCCAGAGGUAGGUGUUACAAUUCUGUAGCAUGUACAUCUGGACCACCCUUGCUGCUCAUCCGAUUUGCUUUGCCUUGGGAAGAUUCCCAAGCAGAGAAAACCUCUUCCAUGAUGCCGACACACUGGCUUAGUAGACCACAUGUCAAAUGUCUAAACGGAGUUCUCCGUCACUCCAUAGCCUGUGCUGCUAGUUACAUAGCAACCGCAAUGCAUGUGUUUUGGUUCCUAUGGGUGGAGAGCAGAAGGAGGUCUCUUUUGCUCUCCUUGUCAAUCAAGUCUUCAACGUAGUCUUAUCCAAAGAAUAGAUUUUUAUCCCAAUCUAUAUAUAUAUAUACACGUAAACAAAACCACCAACAAAAUAUAUAGAUAAAAUGUCAUGCUCAUUAAAGAGAGCAUGAUUAGUUUGGGGGAUGGGAGAUUCACUUUAAAGGAACAGUCUGUGCCACUGUAGUGAUUAUGGUGCCUCAAUGUUGGUAGUCUUGACUUCUCACCGAGGAUCCACCAGGCACUGCUCCAUGCAGCUGGAUGUUGUUGGCCAAGAAAUUGGACCUGCAUUGCAUGCUUAGGUCAGGAGGGUUAAAGGAAGCUCAUGAGCAGGAGAUGAGGUUGCUAUGGGAUGGGUACGUUCCUUUAAAGAGUAAUAUAUACUGAACUUCUCUUUUAUCCACUAAUUAUUGCAGAGGACCACAUAUCAUGUUAAAAAGAUUAUAUCUUAUUCAUAAGCUUAGUUACACUACAAAACAUCAAAUGUGUACCUCCUGGAACUUAGUCUUAUGUUUCUCUAUGACUUUUUAUUAUGUUAUGGUAAGUUAUAACAGAUUGAGUAAAGGGUGGUAUUAGCUGAGAGAUAACCAUUGUAUUUCCUGGGAAAUGGGAAGUAAGACAAUCCUAAAUGGGGACUGAGGACAUCUUGAAUUUCUUGUCCUUGUUUCUGCAGGUGUGUGAUUUGCAUGUUGGACUUUGUUAGCGGAGACCCUGUACGCUUCCUCCCCUGUAUGCACAUUUACCAUGUGGAAUGUAUAGACGACUGGCUAAUGAGGUCGUUUACCUGCCCUUCAUGCAUGGAGCCAGUGGAUGCUGCUCUCCUCUCAUCCUACGAGACACACUGAUUGGCUGCACAAGUACUCCAAAUCCAUAUUAACAACGGAGCCGCUGAGGCUAUUCUCUACUGGUACUGGCCAAUGAUGUGUGUUUACCUAUGGAAAGAUCAUCUGCAGAAGAUCACUGUUCUUCUAAAAGGCUUAGCAAUGUCAGUGUAUCUGCGUACAUGGAGGAGUGGAAUUGCUUCAGCAAGUCUGUAUCAAACAGACAAGAUGUGCUCCGGCUUACAGGAUUGAAUUCCCCAGCUUAAUGGACUGUACUUUUGCAGGCAUAAGGCUUUCUAAUAGCAGAUAUGUUUAAGGUAGUCCAUUUUGGUAUAUAACAAACAUGGAUACAUAAUAUUGCUAUGUUUUAAAAAAAGUCUAUUGCCAAAUACAAGACAUGGUUAUUGCAAGCUAAUUGUACGUGCAUUGAAAUUCAUGCACCCCCUCUGGUUCUAGUAUGGCCAAGGUGGGGGAUUUUCCAUAGAACUGUUAGUUUCUUCUAGACAAAAUGUUAUUUCACUAGUGAGUGGAGAGACUGUACCAUGGGAAACGUCACCCAGGUGCAGUAUAGGCAGGCUUUGCCCCUAUGUUAUGCCCCGUAAAAAAAAAAUGGAGGUAAUGAGAUACUUUGAAUGGAUGAAACACAGCUGCUUGACCAAUGAAUUUUGUAUAAAGUGGUAGAUAGGAGUAAUAAAUGCAUUCUGAAACCAAAUAUUACAAUUUGCUUGUGAGAUUGCACUCAUCUUGUGCAAAGAGUCGAAAUUUCCAAUCUUUGUAAGGAGCCUUAUUCUGAAGCUGCUUUUUAGGAACUGUAGGAUUUUAACAAUCUUCAGCCCACUGUCUAUCAGUAAAUGAGUUUUAUAAUUUCAGGCGCUCGCUAGAAUCCACUGUGCCAGACACGCAGGGCGGUGAAGUACCCCAUUGCAGUGCUACGCCUGAGAAUCCUGCACCAGUUUACUGAUGGUUAGUGGUGUCUGAAAUCAAUAGGGCUGUGAACUUGGAAGUGCCAUGGGCAGCUUGAAACCUGGUUAAUUUGUCUAGCGCUCACAGCUCAGUCCAAGAUAUGAGCUUGUCUAAAAGUGAAAAAUAAAUCCAGAUUUCAAAAUAAGUAAUUUUGUAACCACAAGAUUGCUUGUGGCAUGUGUUUUGAUCUGAGACCUAUAUUGGAGCCAUGCCUGGUUAGCCGAAAGACUGUUACUGACCAGUGUCUAAUCUAAAACCCUCCUUGUGAUCAUGUAGGUCAGGGGUGGGCAACCUUUGGCAUUAUGGACUACAUUUUCCCAGAUGCUUUUCCAUUAUUGUAAAUGUGUCCCUGAUAGCUGGAGAAUCGAAGGUUGCCUAUUGAUAAUGUAGGAAAAAUGCUACUGCCACUGUCUUAUCUCAGACCCAUCUUGUAGUGAUGUUACAAGUAGGACUGUUUCAGUGGCUGUGUAUACAUGAAUGCACUCUUGCAAUACCCAACACCAGGGGGCAGGUGGGGAGUGAAUUUGAAUAUUUGAGCAUGAAAUGCUAACUUGAGCAAAAUAAAUUAAGCUUCAUGUGUACAAUUAUUAUUUUUCUUUUAAUUCUGGAUUCAGUGAUGUUCCUCUGUAACCAACCAUCCAUGGUCAAGUCAAACUAUUAUUCUCUUCUAAGAUUAGAUAAGUGGGGGUAUUUUCUUGGUUUUAUAUGCUUUUACUUUUUAGGCAGAAUGUGUUGUUAUAUUUAUGCUUGGUUCUGUUUUUAAUAGUUCUUUAAGAACAACCUUGAAACUCACCUCUUUAGGAAUAGGUAUUUUCUACCUUUACAUUAGUCUUCCCAUAAAUCCCUAAACAUGUUACCACAUUGCAUUUCACUGUCCCCACUUACACUCUAAAGCUUUCACACAGGUGUCAAGUGAGAUUUAAAGGGACACACACUAGUCACCUGAAGAACUAUAGUUUAACGCAGUUAUUCUCGUGAGUAUAGUCUGUCCCUGCAGGCUUUUUUGCAGUAAACACUUUUUCUGAGAAAAGGCAGUGUUUACAUUACAGCCUAGAGACACCUCCACUGGCCACUCCACAGAUGGCUACUAGAGAUGCUUCCAGUGCUGCACACUGUCUGCAUGGAGACACUGAACUUUCCUCAAAGAGAUGCAUUUCUAUGAGGAGAUACUGGAUGGCAUUUGGCUCACCCAGUAUCCUUUUGGCUGAGAUAAUUCUAAGUCAAUCAUAAUGCUUUCCUAUGGGAAAGCAUUAUGCUUGGCUGAGCUCAUCACUUCUGACAAUGUGCAGUAACAGCACCACCAGACUAGAAAUAAGGAGUUUUUACUAUCUUUAAGGGAACAAAGGAGGGCCAGAUAACGUUCUAACAGUAUAGGAAACAAACACGUUUGUGUUCCUAACCCUAUAGCGUUCCUUUAAGUGCUUUAACUCCUAAAUCGCAGAGAACUGAACUGUACGGGGGAUGAUCUAUGCAUCAAAAAUGCUUAAAGGACCACUAUAGUGCCCUGAGGGUGCUCCCACCCUCAGGCCCCUCCUCCCGCCAGGCUCUAGGGGGUGGAAGGGGUUAAAUUUACCUCUUUCUCCAGCCCUGGGCGGGGGACUCUCCUCCUCGGCUGAAUGUGCAUUCAGUCAGUCCAUAGGAAAGCAUUCACAAUGCUUUCCUAUGGACGCUGGCGUCUUCUCACUAUGAAAAUCACAGUGAGAAGCGCCUCUAGCGGUUGUCAAUGAGGCUGGAUUAACCCUCAGUGUAAACAUAGCAGUUUCUCUGAAACUAUGUUUAUAGAAAAAAGGGUUAAACCUAGCUGGACCUGGCACACAGACCACUUCAUUAAGAUGAAGUGGUCUGGGUGCCUGUAGUGGUCCUUUAAGUUAACGUUGUCUAGGUGCUUACAGAAUCCCUUUGAAUGUUACUUUUAAAAGGGAAGAAUGUGUGGACACUGUUCUUACUCAGCAAGAAACACUUUAAAAUCCAAUCAAUGUAUUUCACCAGCUUAUCUAGAGAUCUCAGCUACAUACACAAGUAAUCACAUUUCUAAAGAGGCACUAAGACCAGAACUAUCCCUUGUGUCACAGCAAGUAGUUUCAGGUGUCCAAUGCACGCCUGAAUGCUGUAUUCAAAGGGAUAUUACAGGCAUCAAAACAACUUUAGCUUAAAGGGUCACUGUAGGCAUUUAUGUAGUCACCUUAUUGAAGUCAUUAUAGUGCCUGCAGUCCUGCUCCCUGAAACAUUUUAAACAAAUUAACAGGCUUGGAAUCAUACUUCCCUACUCUCAUACUGUAAGAUAUGUCACACACACGUGUGGUGACAUCACAGUGAACCAUGGUCCAUAGAGAAGUGUUGCAUACAAUUAUUUUCUAUGUCAAUGAAUGCCGUGCAUGCACUUAUGGAGGAGGAGACUUGGCCCUAAAGAAAACGCAAGUGAUUUAUUUUUUUAAUUUUACAUUUGGGGAGCUAAUUGAAAAGAGGCAUCAGGCCUGUUUCAUUAGAAAUAGAGAUCUGUCCUAAUACAGUUAACUUUUACUGCAAUAAAAUACACAUUUGUAUGCGUUAAUGCCCUCCCAACCCCAUGUACAGGUUUAACGGUGGUUUGAAAAGUUACCAGGUCAAAUAUAGUGCUAGUCUAUUUCAGUUUUUACACAUUGACGUUUGCCAGAUUGGGCUGCUGGGCCUAUGUUGUAUGGCAGCCCAGGAUUUAGAAUUACCCCAAUGAUUGCAUACUAUUUUUAAAAGUAGGCAAACCAGGGUAUUCCAAAUAACCUUUUUUGAGAUAUUUGGUCUAGCCACUUCAUAACUAAUAGUGGCCCCAUUUGGUGGUCAUAUUUUCUUUUGGUUUUUUUCCAGCAUACAUGAAUUUUAUCAUUUUGAUAUGUUUUAAUGAAAUAAAAUCUCAUUAUUUGUAUUUACUUUGUCUCAAAAAUAUAACAUUGCCCCUCUGUACUGUUUUUAUUUGGUACAUCAUAUAGCAAAACAAGGUCAUUGCUCCUUUUAACUUGAAAUUGGCAAAAGUGAUUUUCUGUCACAUUUAAGAGAACAUGGCACCCUAAGCAAGAAAAGUGCACCCGUGAAGGUAUGUCAUUUUAACAAGUAUUCUAAAAGUAGUAUUUUGAGUUGUUGGGUGUAGCCACUUUAUAAAGGCUGUGCUUAAUGUAAACAGGAACAGGUUCGGGGAAUCCAGAAGUCAGAGUAAUGGAUAUAAAAAGCCAAUAAGUCGGUACAGGGAGCUAACACAAUAUUCAGGGUAAGCCGAGGUCAGGAAUCCAGAACAAACUGAUAAAGUCACCAGAGUGAUACAAAUGUUCACCUCUGUAUAGUAGACUUUGAAACAAUCUAUUCUGCAGAGGACAGUAAUAACUAGAAUCCUUUCAAAAUUCCAUCUUAUAGCAAACAUGACACAUUCUCUGGUGUCACAUUUUACUGGGUGUGCAUGUAUGUGGGGGAUGGGGAUUUGGAAAGGAAAGUGCUCCACAAACUCUGGAUAUCCUCUGAUUACAAAAAGUUAUACUGGACCAUAAUACAGAACAUAAAAACCAAGAAAUGGGUAUGGUUUCCCGAUAUCUGCUUUUAUGGAUUGCAAUUUUCUUAUAUCAGAAGCUAGUUUUUCAGUUCACCAGAUAAGGCUGUAUACAUUGACCCACCAAAUCUACUCCUCCCAUAUACUUGCUGUAGUCUACAAAGACUAUAUAGCCGUAUAAAAGCGUGCCAUUUAAGGGAGAUUUUUUUUUAAAUUAAUUUGCCUACCUGCCUAACACCCAAUACGAUAAACACCUAAAAUUCACACUACCACACACAGAAAAUCCUACAUCCAACCCAAACAUAAUAAUAUUACUGAUAGAGCAAGCACCAGCAGCGUUAUUUUUCUUUAUUCAAUAGAAAUGGAAAAAAAAAAAAAAAUCUGCAUGACCAGAGAGUCAGCCCUCUGAUCACCCUGAUACAGCAUCGAUAUUGUACAGUGAUAAGGUUAAAAAAUAAAUAAAAUUAAUGACCCCCCCCCCUCAACCAAUGAUCAAACUGAGGAAAGAAGGACAGAGAUAAUGUCUCAUUCAUUUAACAGGCUGUCACUACGAUCAUGUGUCUGACAGGUCCCCAAUCGCCAGCAUGGGUUAGAAGGCAGACUGGAAGGAGAGACAUCUUAGGGGUAUGCUAUACUGCACUAAUGGUGUUAAAGCCCUCUAAAUUUAGGAUGACAGUGUGAUGUGGUCCAUCAAGCAGUUUUAGUGUAUAGAUCAUGCGACCUGCAGUGUUACUGCUGAAUUCUCUGCUAUUUAGGAGUUAAAUCACUGUUUAUACAGCCCUAGGUACACCUCCCUGCAUGUGCCUCACAUUGCCUUCCUAAACACUUCAUGUAAAGUAAGUUCUGUUUACACUUCCUUUAUUGUAGUCUAUUUCACAGUGGUCCAAUCAAAUACUCUUAUAUAAGCUUUUCCCAUAGGAAAGCAUUGAUAACAUGCAAUGUCAAAUGUCAUACAAUGAAGUAUUAGUGUCUGUAUGACAGCCACUGGGAGAAUGUUUAACCCUUCAAGUUAAACAUGGUAAUUUUUGCAAAACGACAAUUUUAACUUGAAGGGUUAAAAUGACAAGACCAAUGCACCCAGGCCACUUCAUUGAGGAAGGGAAUGAUGGGAGUUGUAGAUCAAUGCCCCUGCUGAUGAGAAGAGGAUCAAGAGGCAGAUCUGCAGGUUCUGUUUUUUAUGAUCCCAAGUUUAUGGAAUACACCUGUUUGCAACACAUUACUAGACAUCCCUUUUCAUAGAUACUCUCACUUCUCAAGUCCACUUUAUUGCAGCCUGUACACAAAAGGUAAAUUUGCAGUGGUUUCUACAUUUAAAAAAGCAUGUAGGUGGAUUAAUAUUUCAUAAAUAAGAAUUAUGGGGACUAGUGUUACACAGACUUUGAAAAUUGAGGUUAGUUUUGGAAGCACUGUUCAGUGCUGUGGAAUGGGUUAGCUUUUGGCAGAUAAAAGAGUUGUGAGUAUUGACUUGGUGCUAAAUUAGUUUAAUAAGAAUGGUCUACACUGAGAAUCUGAACAAAAGCAAUCUGCGAAUAAACGAAACAUAAGACAUCCAAGUCCCAUAGGAAAAAUAAACAAAACAUAUCUAUACUCCUCAAUUCUGCAGCUGUAAACAGGGUUUUGGGGAGAAAGGCGUCAGAGGUGCUGAAAAGCAGGUAUGAAAUGCAGAAAAAUCCUUGUCUGAGGAAAAAAAACAAAAAACCAACAAUGCACCCCAAAUUGAAUUUCUGGUUAGGAAGUCUUUUCUCCCCUGAGUCCGCAAAAGGGUUUUAGCAAGGUAUAUUCCAAGAUCACGAAGGGAACAACAUGAACCAGCAAGGAUGGAGAGGAUAGGUGUAUUUGUGAAUAAGAUAUCCCCUUUCAUGAUAGCUUAAAAGCAGUAACCAACAGUGCUUAUAAAGCUGUUCGGUGUCUCAUUGUGUUAUUUGACCAGCGGUCGCGUUUUGUCAUCGUCACUGCACUGGUGGGCUUUGUAUUUUUUCACCUCGGCCAUAUAUUGUGCCCAGGCUCCGCCUUUGUUUGACAAUACCUGUGGAAGACAUAAGAAAAGAGAAUCAGACAAAUCAAAUGCAUUUUGGAAAAAGAUUUACAAAUUGCAUCGGGCAAAUGAAAAUACUUUUAAGGGGAAACCCUGGCACCCACACAUCUGAUACAAUGUGUAGGCUUAAGAAUCCUUAGUUUUACAGGGUACUGUUUAGUUUUGCAUUACAUGUUUACUAUUUCUAGCUCUCUUUUUUCCUCCAAUAAUACAUAUAUGUAUAUGAUGUAAUCAGGAUGCAUAGCACACGUUUCAGAGAGGUGUAUUUGAAUUUACAGAUUUUUACUGUAGAAAAGGAAAACAAGUGAACUGCAACUCAUGAAAGCCCAUGUUGUGCCUGGAAAGCCGUACUUAAUGGGAUUGUCAGACAGUACUAUUAUAGAAAGUCAAAAGGUACACUAUAGUCAGUAAAACAACUUUAGCUUAAUGAAGCAGUUUUGGUGUAUAGAUCAUGCCUCUGAAGUCUCACUAAUUAAUUCCCGGCCAUUUAAGUGUUUAUAAUCACUUUGGUUUCUACAGGGUGACCCAUAAGUCCCUAUCCAUCCAUAUAUCUUAUGUAUCCAGUGUAUCUGUGUGCUGGAUGGGUAGGGACUUAUGGGCCAGCCUGUAUAUAUACACAACCCUAGCCAUACCUCCCUUAGCUAUGACUGACAGCUUGCACUAAAAAAAUUCAAUCAGAGGUUAACUUGCAACAAUUUUCUCCUGCUCUGUAAACCGAACUUGAAGCACACACACAAGAGGCUUAUCUUUUGUACUGUUAACACUAUAGAAGAUAAGACAUUCUUAAAGGACCACUAUAGUCACCCAAUGAAGUGAUCUAGGUUUACAUUGCAGGGUUUAUUCAGCCUCUAGUGGCGGUCUUCCUGACAGCCGCAAGAGGCGCUUCUGCGAUGCUCAAUGCGAAAAUCGCAUUGAGCACGCAGAACGUCCAUAGGAAAGCAUUGAGAAAUGCUUUCCUAUGGGAGUUUUUAAUGCGCGCGCUGGCCGUGCAUGCGCAUUUGGCUCCACUCGGAAGCUGACGUCGGAGGGGGAGGAGGUAAGUGGCUGAAGGGGUUUUCACCCCUUCAGCCCAGCAGGAGGGGGGCCCUGAGGGUGGUGGGACCCUAAGGAUUAUAUAGUGUCCUGACACUAUAGUGAUGCUUUAUUUAAACAUAUGGUGCAAUAGAGGGAAUGUAAACAUUAAUGUUUAGAAAGGCUGUGCACAUUACAUGCAAAGAGAUAUUACUAGGGUUGUAUAAACAAAGUUAUUUAAAGGGAUUCUCUAGUGCCAGGGAAACAAAUCUCCCUCCCUCCCGCCUAUAUAACAUAUCGCUGAAGGGGUUAAAACCCCUUCAGUCACUUACCUGAAUCUAGCAAUCCACCGAUUUAUCUUUGUGCUGCGUCAGGCUCCACCCAAGCUCCUCUCCCUCCGACAUCAGCCGGCGGGGGAGACCUAAUGCGCAUGUGCAGCAAUGGCUGCGCUCGCAUUAGGAUUUCCCCAUAGGAAAGCAUUAGUCGAUGCUUUGCUAUGGGGAUUCCGGUGAUGCUGCAAGUCCUCAUGCAUAGCGCGAGGACGUCCAACGUUGUUUAGACAACCAAAAGUUGCCUAAGUACCUGGAAGUUCCUCUAAUGGCUGUCUUAUAGACAACCACUAGACAAGGACUUAACCCUGCAAGGUAAUUUUCUUAGAAACUACAAUAAUUAAUUACCACUAUAGGGUUAAGUGACAUGGGACAUUGCACUUUAAUGAGCUUUAGUGGUCUGGGUGCCUACAGUGUCCCUUUACCUCCUAAAUGGCAUAGGAUUGAGCAGUGAGACUACAGGGGCAUGAUCUAGACACCAAAACUACUUAAUUAAGCUCAAUUUGUUUUGGAGGAAAUAUAAUAUCACUUUAAAGUGACUGCCACUUGCGUGUAUUUCAUAGAGACAUAAUCUUUAUGAAGCACUCGUGAGGACUGCGUUAGAAUUUAGUUGAAAUUCCAACAAAAUCCAAAGAUUACAUAAGACAAAGUAGAGGUGAGAGAUUCAGACAUUGUCUCACACUCAUUGUGAGAUGAAUAUACCUAUGGCUAUGGACUCCUCCAUAGACAUAAGUGUUGCGCUCGCUAGAAUACAGCACUGACGCAGCUUCUGGCAGAUGAAGCACCAGACGGUAUGCAGGAAGUAAAUGGAGACAUUUGCGAAGGACAGCUUUAAGUAGCAAACCAACCAAAAAUUUUCUGUGGUGCUCAGACAUAUGACAGCUGCUCGUCAAAGGUUAGCCAUUACAGCCAAAUACACAAAGAUCAGGAAACAAUACGGUAUUGACAUAAAUAGAACAUGCACUUAUCCCCAAACAGAAACAAUCAGAUUACAGAGAAGUGGGAGGUAGACAGGGCUGGAAUGUAGGUUUUAAAUAAUUAUAAUACCAACAGACCACCAAGCAUUGUAGUGGCACUUGCAUGCCAUAGAGGAAUUAGGAUAGUAACUGCUAAAGCAAAAUACAAUUUAACUGUAUUAUAAAUUGUAUAUGUGUUGCUAUAGAUUUAGGCAAACCUAUGACGACACAUUCACUUUAGGUUUGUUUCUUAAAAGUCUAACCUACGGCAUCCCAUCCAGUGACAUCAACCUCUAAUAAUGCUAAGGAUUAAGACAAUUUUCACUUGUUAAGGAUAAGGACAAUUUUAUUGAAAACAGACAGUCAAAGAAAAUAACUAACACUACCCAUUAUAGUGUUACGGCACUAGAAGCCCAUGGCCACUGUCCCUUUGUUCUGUGUCAAACUAUGCUACAACGGUUUGAUAGUAUACCUAUUUCCCACUGGAACCCAGAGUCACAUCUGGUCUUUUCUAAUAGGAGAAGCAAGACGUCACUGCGCAGAGCGAAACUGCAGCUAUUGACGGAGAGCAUCAGUUAUGCACGCUCCACCAAUGAGCACUAUUGUUCAUUGACUCUAUAAAGCAAUACAGCCUCUCCUGCUGGAAAAGACUAGAUGUGGUGCCCAGCAGGUAAGUUGUAAAACCUACCUAAAACGGUUUUACAUCUUACUGUGGGAUGGCGCCAGGGCACUCCUGACACCAUAAUCACUACAUUAACAAGUAGUGGUUUUGGGUCUUGGAGUAUAGAAAUAAUACAGCCUGUGUGAUAAAAUGUAAGUUUCACCACUAGUUGUUAUUAUAGAGCACUAAACAAAAUAAACACAACAGCUUGUGCGUACUCUGGUGAUAUUGACCCUCUUCUUUCUUUAACCCCUUAAAGACUGCGGACACACUAUGCAGUACUUGAAAGGGUGGCUUUAAACGGCGGCAUAGUACGCCCAGCCGUCCUGCACUCACCGGUGAUCCCAGUCCAGGGGGACUGCCCAAGACCCCAGCAGUCCCCUUGCAGCAGCUCUGGCCUCUCCGGCCCUCCAGGGUCAUGUGAUCACUAUGAUCACAUGGCUGCAAUAGGAGUCUAUGGAGCUGCCUGCAGGGGGACGCUGUCAGGCAGUCCCCCUGACUCCUAAAAAAGUUUUUAAAAAA